AUGGUACGCGCUGUCUGGACCCAGCUUCUGUCCGAUACCUCGAUCAAGAGGUCAUCGCAGACCCUCACCAUCCUAGGCGACAACGCCUACAUCUACGGCGGCGAGCUGCGGCCCCGCGAACCCGUCGAUUCCACUGUGUACUCCCUCCCUUUGAACUCCAACUCACCUCAACCAGCAUCACUCACCACCGCCACAGACAUAAGUCAAACCUCCACCUCCACCACUGCCCCGCAACCCAGAGUCGGGUCCGCCGCGACCGCCCUCGCCAACAAACUCCACAUCUUCUCCGGCCGCGGCGGCACCGCCAUGGCCCCGAUCGAAGAGAACGGCUCCUUCUGGGUCUUCAACUCCAUCGAUCGCGCCUGGACGCAACUCACCCCAUCCGAUCCGGACGCGCCGUUCCCGGUAGGCCGAAGCUACCAUGCCCUGACGACCAACGGCACGGACACCAUCUACCUCCACGCAGGCUGCCCGGCCACCGGCCGCCUCCGCGACCUCUGGGCGUUCGAUGUGGUCACCCGCCGCUGGCGCGAGUGCGCCCCGGCCCCCGGCCCGGCCCGCGGCGGGGCCUCGAUCGCCUUCGCGGAGGGGAAGGUGUACCGGAUGAAUGGGUUCGACGGGACGAGCGAGCAAGGCGGGGCGGUGGAUGUGUAUGAUCCCGUCGCGGAUGCGUGGAGUACGAUUGCGUAUGUCGCGGAUGGGGUGUCGGGCCCUCGAGCUAGGAGCGUGGGGUGUUUGCUUGCGGUGCGGUUGCAGGGGCGGCCGACCUUAGUGACGAUGUUCGGGGAGCAUGAUCCCAGUAGUUUGGGGCAUCAGGGGGCCGGGAAGAUGUUGGGGGAUGUCUGGGUUCUUGAUCUCGAGGUGGGUCGGUGGGUGCUGGUUGAGGUCGAGGGGGUCCAGCCGGAGCCGAGGGGGUGGUUUGCUGCGGAUGUUCUUGAGGGGAGCACGUCGAGUGUUGUCGUGCAUGGAGGGCUGGCGGAGUCGAAUGAGCGGUUGGGAGAUGUGUGGCGGUUGGAGUUGGAGGGAUAG